CAACAACAACAACAACAACAACAACAACCACAACAACCACACCAGUGACACAGACAUUUGAAAUAACUAUGGAUGUUGAAUUCAAGGAAGAAUACAAUCAAGAAACCAAUGACUUUCACAAAACUGUUAGCAACACCAUCAGCGAAGAAGGACUGAAUCAAGGAAUACAAGCAAAAUUAAUUAAAUUCCGGAGUGGAAGUACCAUUGCCCAAUAUGAAGUCAGUGGUCCCUCUUCUAUUACACCAGACUUUCAGGCACUAAAGUUAAAAAUAUCUAACAACCUGGCAAAAUUAUAUCCUGUAAUAUUUGAGGCCUCGGGUCCCCUGACAUUUUCGCCAAAUGAUGGAUUUUAUGAGCAACCAGUGACUGUAACAUGUGGCCCUCAACCAGGGGAUCUCAAUUUUGGCACUGUCUCAGCAGCAGAGUGGAGACGUAAUACGGUGCUCAUAUCUGAAGAUGGAGAACACAGAAUUUCAAUUAAGGAUGGAAAAUCAACCUUAACUGUGUCAAGGUUUAUUAGCGCUGACGAUGGAGUUUAUGAAUGUCGGCUGAUGCGCACAGAUGACAAAGCAUUUUUUCGUCAGAAAUCUGCAACAUCAUUCAGUCUGAAAACAAAACCCACAAUCACAGUCUCACCAAUCAGACAGUAUGUGCAAUGUUCUGGAGGAAGUGUGGCUCUGAAUUGCAGUGUGAGUCCUGGGUAUGAGGUUGAGUUUCGGGACAUUUCUGCAGCAGGCACUGGUACUUCGAUUACCUAUAAUUAUCCUACACCUCAAGGUUGUCAAGAAGGGGAAAAGACAGUCAUCUGUCAGUUAAAAAACCAACCUUUAUUUGCAAAUGCAAUAACACUACAGUUGUCCUCACAGAGUGCUUACUGUACAAAUGACACAUUUGGCCAAGGAGAUAUAGGUUACAAAGCUGCAGUGCCCUGUGAUCCAAAAUUUGUGGGACCAAACAAGGUGGGAGAAAUAACUGCAGUGUGCAAGGAAAAUAGGAAAUUUGACGAUGUUGAAUACAACUGCAUCCUGUUGCCAGUUCAGGAGCUGCUUGACCAGUCCCAGUUCUUGACUGCCGCUACAUUGCCAGUAUUUUUGGAAGAGCUCAAGAACGUCACUGUCAAUUUUACUGAAGAAGUGAUUACAUCUCCUCCAAACAUUAAAGCUAUUGUGAGAAUACUCAGCAAUGUCGCCAACAAAUCUUCAUCCCUCGAUAUCUCAAUUAGCAGAGAUUCAAUGGAGAAUGUCUUGAUAACAGCAGGGGUUCUCACCAUCAAUGGAACAAAGAAAACAUGGAACAUUCUCAAUAACAAUGACACCAAAAGCAUCUCAAACAACACUGAUGUUAAAAGUGUUAGCUCAUCAUUUUUGGACUCCCUUGAAAUAAUAACAUCUCGUCUUGUCAAUGCAACUUUUGACAUUAUGACAGGCUUUAUUCAGUUAAACAGAACUACAUUCACAGACACUUUCAAUGCUGAAUUUAAUUCUUCAGUGACAAUACAAAUACCAGAGUCUAAUGGAGAUAACAAAACAAUCACUAUGAUAGUAUUUAACUUGUUAGAUAACGUACUACCUGCAAGAGAUGAGGCCAAUUCAUCGCUCAAGUCCAUAAACGGCAGGGUUGUACUUGUUCAGUCCACUGGCCAAAUCAAUAAUAUCUCUUUCACAUAUAAUAUUUUAAAUGAUACACUGGGAAACCCUGAAUGUGUCUUCUGGAACUUCAGCCUCUUUGAUGGUCUGGGAGGAUGGGACGGCAAGGGCUGCAAAUUAGUGUUAAACAUAAAUGAAACAGAAACUGUCACCUGCAACUGCAACCACCUGACCUCAUUCUCCAUCCUCAUGUCACCGAACAGUCCGAAGAAACUCUAUUUGGACAUUAUAACCUACAUUGGAGUUGGCAUUUCAAUGGGAUCCUUGGUCAUAUGUCUCAUCAUUGAAGGCCUCAUUUGGAGAAAAAUAAGAAAGAAUGAAACCUCUUACUUGCGUCAUGUUGCCAUUGUUAACAUCGGUUUCUUUAUUUUGGUAUUUGGAACACUGCUGGACGAGCACAAGUGCUGGAAACUCAACAUCAAGUGGACUUCGAUUUUUAAGGAACUGGAGACGUGGAAGAG